AUGGUGCUCUUGACACAUUCCACGGUCUCCAUCAUUCUAUCGACUGGAGUGGUCUCGAUAUUCACAUUCCUCUUAUUCUUGUCGGGUUAUGCGCUCCAGCAGCAAUCGGUCCGGACCAUCCAGAAUGUCAUUCGGCCCCCCGAGCAUCCACAAGUCUACAAACGAAGCCAAGAUCCACUAUCCGAUCUCGAUAUCGAGGAAGAUCUAGAAGAACCGCCCCAAGUACAUACAAAAGUCACACCUGGGGUCGAAGGGAACUAUGCAUACCUCCAGCUCUUGUCCGACCCUGACCCCUCCAACAUCUGCUCCGCCAUGCUCUUGUUCAAACAACUCUCUACGAACAACAGCGCGAUCCACGAUCGCCUCUUCAUGUACCCAUCAUACUGGGACACCAUGACUAUCUCCAAGCCCGUCUCAACAGCACUUUCUCUUCUUCGAGACGCCAGCCUCAAGUACGACAUAUGGCUCCUUCCCAUAGACAUGUCGGCUGCUACAGCAGCAGGCUACACGGCCACGGACACAAAGCUCCUCCGUUUGGGUCAAAUCCAGUUUAUGCAAUAUGACGGCGUGCUAUACCUUCAGACACCUGGACUACUUCUCGACUCGGCCAAGUUGGACUCUAUGCUUCUUUCUCGCCCGCUUCCUCUACGGCACGACAAGAGCAGGGUCGAAUCAUACAACAACGAGGCGUGGAUCUCUAUGCCGCUGCGUGCGGAGCAAGACGCCAAUCUCCCACCUGUGUAUCUUGUUACCGUGAACAACAUCGAGAACGGCAACAUUGAGGCCCGCGCGCAUAUCCCGAACCUGGCGUUGGAGGGCUUCGGACGCAUUGUCACUGGGCCUUGGGGUGUUCCGGCUGACUUGGAUGCUGAAAUUAACCCUGCAGAGCAACCCGGAUAUGUCUUCUUUCAACGCGACGAUGAGGGACAUGCGAAAUGGGAGAACAACCCACUGUUUGGCUCCUGGCGAGCACAACAAAGCGAGAUCUGCGAAGGGCUGGAUUUAGAUGGGACGUUAGACAAUGAUAAUGAUGAUGAUCUUUGA